AUGCCGAAGAAGAAGAGGAGCACCGGGACCUCAGCUGCAGAAGGCUACGCAGCAGACCCAGGUGAUGCAAAACUCUCGGCUGUGGCAUCCGCAGAUGCAUGGACCAAGGUCCAAGCAUGGUUCCAGCGAAAGGGUGGUGUCGCAGACCCGUCUAAGAUAGCGUUACGAGAGGCAGAUGGGGACCGAAAUGUUGUGGCCGUUGCCGGUUUGAGCAAAGGUGAAGCGAUCUUUCGUGUUCCUGCGCAGAUAUGGUUCACUGCUGAAGGCUUGUCCUCGCACGAGGCAGGGAGAGCGGCCCUGAAGUGGGCUGAACACGCAUCAGAGGAGGUCGGCCUGUCUGCAGAGCACGUGGAGCUUUGCUUGCUUGCCGUGCUGAUGCUGCUGGAGGGAGCAAAGACCGCUUUUUGGUCUGACUACGUUGCUGCCUUGCCUUGGUCCAGCUCCUUACCGCUCAGCUGGACGCCAGACCGACUCUCCACUCUCAAUGGUGCAGCGCCGCAGUGGCAGAUCCAAGAGAAGAAGAGCCAGCUAGCCAGGGCCUACUCUUCUGUGGUCAACGCAUUGCAGGCUGCUGCGAGGAAGGCUUUUCAGUCUGCAUGCCCGAGCAGCGACAUGUUCAUCAAAGCUUUCUCGCUUGCGCAUUCCCGUGCCAUGGGCAUACGAUCUGUGGGCGAUCAAGGAAGAUGCUGGAACCUUGCAAUGCUUCCCUUCGUGGACAUGCUAAACCACUCACGCCAGCCUGAAGUUGACUGGGAUGUUGUCCGAACCAAGGAUGCUGGCUUGUGCGUCGUUGGGCGGACCAAGUGCGAUGUCAAGGCUGGCACAGAACUUCGGAUCCGCUACCAGUUCGCCUCCGCGCAGGCCUUCUUUGCCACGUAUGGCUUUGUGGAAGACGUGGAGGAAGUUAGGCCGACGGAACUGAGGUUGGUCAUCGACGGUGCAGGUGAGCCAGCCGUGCUGAACGUAACAUCCGCGCAGUCCCUGCGGAAGCUCCUUUCCCGCUGCAGGGUGCAGGUGGCCACCGCCGAGGAGUUGAAGGGAGCUCGCGUCUUGGAAGAUGCAGCACGCUUUCCUCUGUCCAGAUCUUGGCUGUCACAGAGAUGUGCCAGCCUUGACUAUGGCAGUCUAGAAGAGUGCUGUCCAAAACUGAUACCCGAAGGUGAAAUGGCUGCAUUCCGACGCUUGCAG